AAAUGAAAAAUAAAUUCAGAAUGAGAAGAAGAGUUACAGAAAUACCUUCUAUUUCUUGGAUUAAUCUGUAAUUUAUUUAAUUUGUUUUCUACUCUCAAGUGCCCUCCUUGUCACUGAAUCUGAGACAAGAUGUUACGGAAUUAAAAAAGUCUUGGGGUUGACCAGGCAAUAGUUACAUGACUGGUGGCAAGCUUACCCACUCUCAGUCAGAUUUACGGGAUGUCCUGCGAUUUCUGGUACCUCUGUCCUCUCUGCCAGUCUUCCCUGCGCUGUGUGUGGAACCUCAGGUCUUCCCUGUGUGUCUCUGCACACCCAUUUUCUAGUCUCACCUGAGUCCCAUAUGCCAGAGGCUUCAAACACAGCCCAGUAACCCCUCAUGGGAGAUUAUAAUAUGUCCCUGUUCUUUUAUUCCCACUUCUCAGGAAUCAUUUCUGCAGCAGGCGACUGCAUACUUGAGUUUGCUUCCCACCAUGGAGUACUGUGGUGCCUCUACUCUUAGAAGGUCCCUUUCUCCCUUGGGCUGUCUGUAUGCAUCCCCUUUUUUCUCCUUGCUGUCAUUUGUCUAUGGGAUGAAUAAUCUGGGCUGUUUUAAAUAGUUGGUGUCUCUCUUGGGAGACUGAGGCAAGGUUCUGGUCUGCUAAUCACCUCAAAGCUGUGGUUCCAAGGCAGAUGGCACAAACCACAUGCUCCUCUCCGUUUUGAUGUUGUUUUGUGUUGUCAGGUCCCUCCCCAGUCCCCAAGGGCUUUGGCAUCAUUGCCAGAUCCCCCAUUCUUUGGGGUUUGACCAGUAUUUCCUUGUGAAAAGGUGGAGAAGUUCUCUCCAGCUGAGCAGGCAGCUCUGGAGCUGGCAGGCAGGGACGGCUUAGGGUCACGUCUCCAGAGCUCGACAGUGCGUCAGCUUUGACCAUUACCCCAAUGUAUUUACUCGUGACGAUCCGCCCUUCCUCACCCUCUGUCUCUGUGACCCUGCAGGCUGCUUCUCCAGUAAAUUUAGUCCAGCCUGGUGUUCUUGGUGCUGGCUGGGACACAGUGCCGCCAGUAGUCUGGCACGUGGAGGAAAUAUCACCCACGUGUUCUGUAUAUUGAUAUCGAUAUCCAUCAUGGAGACGGUGUGCAGGAGGCUUUCUACUUGACGGACCGUGUCAUGACAGUGUCGUUUCAUAAAUAUGGGAACUAUUUCUUUCCUGGUACAGGUGACAUGUAUGAAGUUGGCGCAGAGAGCGGUCGUUACUACUGUCUCAACGUGCCUCUACGAGAUGGCAUUGACGACCAAAGUUAUAAACACCUCUUCCAGCCAGUCAUUAACCAGGUGGUAGAUUACUAUCAGCCCACCUGCAUAGUAUUGCAGUGCGGUGCUGAUUCUCUGGGUUGUGACCGUUUGGGUUGUUUUAACCUCAGUAUAAGAGGACAUGGGGAGUGCGUGGAGUACGUAAAGAGCUUCAACAUCCCCUUGCUGGUGCUGGGAGGAGGUGGUUACACAGUCCGCAAUGUGGCACGAUGCUGGACUUAUGAAACGUCAUUGCUCGUAGAUGAAGCAAUCAGCGAAGAGCUCCCAUACAGUGAGUACUUUGAAUACUUCGCUCCAGACUUCACCCUUCAUCCUGACGUCAGUACGAGGAUUGAAAAUCAAAACUCCAGGCAGUACUUGGAUCAGAUCAGGCAGACGAUAUUUGAGAACCUGAAAAUGCUGAACCAUGCUCCCAGCGUGCAGAUCCAUGAUGUCCCUUCUGACUUGCUCAGCUACGAUCGCACAGAUGAGCCUGAUCCAGAGGAAAGAGGAUCUGAGGAAAACUACAGCAGGCCUGAAGCUGCCAACGAGUUUUAUGACGGUGACCACGAUAAUGACAAAGAGAGUGACGUUGAGAUCUGAGGGCUUUGGUGUGAGGCUCAGGACUGUGGGGGGGUCCCACAUUGGACAUGGGUGCUUGGAGCAAAUAACGGGGCCACGUAGGAGCCGGUUAGCCCUCCCUUCCUCUUUGAUCGCAUGCGGUGGCAGCAGAAACGCCACCACUACGGGCUUCUGCCAACUGGAGAGGCCGUGAGCAGUGAAAUGUAUUCCUUACUUUCCACCACGUGUCACAGUUCCAGCUGUCACCGCUCUGGGAAAUGGAAAUUUAAGUUAACGUUCGAAUCUGUGCUGCGUACUGGCUGGUGGCCGUGCGACUGCCUUCGGAGCCUGACCCGGUCACCUCCCGUAACUCCUGUGCGGGCCUCUGCCAGCGAGGUGGGAGCUGGAGCAGUUGUGCCUAUGAUCUCUGCCUCUCUUCAGCAGCAAAAUCCUGCUCUCCCCAGCCCUGCACUCAGGUACCCAGUCGACUGUCCUCUGAAGCCUGCACAGAGAGUUGCUUCCUGAUGUCCCUUCUAACCAUCUGAUGCUCCACAGCUCAAGGAAAACUAGUCGAGAAGACAAGGCCAGGUGUGGGAUAGGGAUCAGAAGUGUUCCUGGAGCAGGGAGCAGCUUGAUGGAGUGGGAUGGAAGAAUGUAUGCAGAGCAUAGUCUUGUUCGUUCCCCCCCCAUACUCAGUUUUGUGUUCCCAAAUGAGUACUGCAACACUUUGCCGAGUUGGACCUAAUUUCCCUGUUUUCUUUAUUCUUCGAGAGGCUAAAAUCACUGUGGAACAGAGGUUUGGCUGCCAAGGUCAGUACAUGGUGUCUCUUGCACUUCUAAUGUAGCUUCCAGCUGUGUUUUCCAAGUUCACGCGUGGCCCUUCUGUGUGUGAGCAAGAGAUCUGGGCUGCUGGCACGGGGUGGAAACCGUUCCCUCUUGACUGUACCCAGGAGACAUUGCUCUGCUCGUGGGUGAGGGAAGCUGCUUCCUCCAAGUCCUGUCGCCUUGCCCUCACACAGCAGAGAUUUCUUUUGGCCGUCCCUCAAAUCCCAAACUUUGCUGCUCCUUCUCCCGAGUCGUCACCUGGUACCUGUCGUGGUUUGGAGUCUACCGUCCGGGGAGGCGGAGGGGGUUUGCCUCUGUACUGUUCUGUUUGUUUACUGACGUCUUUAAACAUUAAAUGAAGAGGCAGUAUUUUUCUUACCUGA